AUGAUUAAGCACCAGAGCUGCCUCAACCGCACCACUCACGUUUGGACUAGUCACCUGGUGCUUUCCUUGGGUGCCCCUCAGCUGACCAUCUCCUUAAUCUCCGUCUUCUUCAACUCUGCCGUCAUCUUUGCCGUGGUGUGCUCCAAAGAACUGCACAAGCCCAUCUUCAUCCUUUUCUGCAACAUGGCCUUCUCUGACCUCUUCACUAGCUCUUCAGGCUUCUGGAUCGCCCUGUUGUUCAUCACCAACCCUCAAAGUACCACCAGUGGGUCCAAGGAACUCCUCACAGCGUAUGCCUUCUACGCCAUGUCAAUCCUGGCCACCAUCUACAACUUAGUUCUCAUUGGGAUUGAGCGUUACUUGGCUGUGGCAGAAUGCCUGAGGAGAAGAUGGUGGCUUGGCAGGAACCAGAUCCUGGGCAUGGUGCUGGGUGUCUGGGGGCUUGGCUUCUUUUUGGGCUUCCUGCCCCUGAUGGGCUGGAAUUGCUUGGAUGGAGAAAACGCCUCUUCCCUUUACAGCCCUCUGUGUAUCAACUACCUUAUUUUCAUAACUAUCCCUCACUGUGCAGUGGUUUUGGUCCUCCCUUUCUUCACCUACUGCGGCAUCAUUGGGUUUUUGAGGAAACACAAGAUGGCAAUGGGUGCCUUGGGGCAAACCCAUGCCUCCUACAGGCUGGCUGAGAUCCAAGUAACCCGGACAAGUAUAUUCAUCUGGCUGCUGGCUAUGCUGUCUUACACACCCUUCUUUGCUGGCGUUGUCCUGGAUAUAACCACUCAGCAGUGUCCCAACAAUUUCUCCAUGGGUGUCUACGUCUUCCGAAACCUUACCGCCAUCAUGAUCACCAUGAAUUCGUUGGGGAACCCCAUCAUCUACACCCUGAAAGUGAAAACUUUGUGGCACAGACUCAGGUUUUUGAAGUCCCCUUCCAGCAACCGCAUAGAAGUGCAGGCCAUUGGGAAAAUGUGACCCUGCUCAGACACUGACCAAAGCAAAUCCAGUCUUGUACGUUUUCACCCAAACAUCUUUAAAUGUCCGCAUAGAGUAGUCGCUGAGAGUUCAAUCCUAUGCAUGUCUACUCCGAAGUUCAGUGGGAUGCAUUCCCCAAGGACAUGUGUUUAGGACUGCAGCGUAAAUCACUUUAUAAGGGCCACG